UGUGGAAAGAGCUUCACUCAAAGUGGUGACCUUUCCUCGCAUCAAAGAACUCAUACAGGGGAGAAACCGUAUACAUGUUCCGAGUGUGGAAAGUGCUUCAGUCGAAGUAGUGGCCUUCUCUCACAUCAAAGAACUCAUACAGGAGAGAAACGUUAUAAAUGUUCAGAGUGUGGAAGGGGCUUCAGUCACAGUGGUCACCUUACUAGCCACCUAAGAACUCAUACAGGGGAGAAACCGUAUACAUGUUCAGAGUGUGGAAGGAGCUUCAGUAAGAAUUGUAGCCUUACAUCGCAUAAAAGAUCUCAUACAGGAGAGAAACCCUAUACAUGUUUGGAGUGUGGAAGGAGCUUUGGCUACAGUUCCCGGCUUACCAUGCAUCAACGAAUUCAUACAGGGGAGAAACCGCAUACAUGUUCUGAGUGUGGAAAGAGCUUCUCUCAGAUCAGUGGUCUUAUUCAACAUCAACGGACUCAUCGAGGCAGCAAACCUUAUAAAUGCUGGGAAUGUGGCAAGAGUUUCUGUCAACUCGGCUCCCUUUCCCGGCAUGAAAGAAUUCAUACAGGGGAGAAACGAUACACAUGUUUGGAGUGUGGAAAGAGCUUCAGCCACAGUUGGGAGCUUACCGUGCAUCAAAGAGUGCACACAGGAGAGAGACCUUAUAAAUGCUUGGAGUGUGGCAAGAGCUUCAGUCGCAGCAGCUCUCUUACAUUACAUCAAAGAACUCACACAGGAGAAAAACCGUAUACAUGUUCGGAGUGUGGAAAAAGCUUCAGUUGGAUGCGUUUGCUCAGGCUCGCUACAGGAGUCGGCAACCUCCAGCCCAUGGGCCGGAUCCAGCCCACAAAGACUGUUUUAGCGCAGCUACUGGAAAUUGCAUCUGCAGGGGUCGGCAAGGCUUACCGGCCAUGGACCGGAUCUGUCCCACGGAGAUUGUUUGUGGGCCGGACUGGCACAGCGCAGAUCCACUACCAGGAGGCCAAGGGACCCCGAGAGGUUUCCAGUCAACUCCACCACCUCUGCCAUCAGUGGCUGAAGCCCAAGAAACACACCAAGGUUCAGAUCCUGGAUUUAGUGAUCCUGGAGCAGUUCCUGGCUGUCCUCCCCCCGGAGAUGGAGAACUGGGCCAACUUGGGCAGGGCAAGGUUCUGGAACAAGUGGUCGCAGACCAGAUCCAAGGGCUUUUGGAAGAACCUGAUUUUCUGCAUCCAUUUCAGAGAUGCUGAAGGGAUGCUGGCAGAAGGAGAACAAUCAGAAGUGUCACCACAAAGAGCCAAAGAGGAGGAAGAGCAAAGGAAGCUGAGAGUUCAAGAUGGAGGCUGCAGGCGAGCGGGAAGACGAAAGCAGAACCCGGAGGGUGAUUCUGGUACAUCUCAGGGUGGUAAAAAUCAAAUUCACAGAGAGGAGAAAAAGCAUGAAUGUACAGUGUGUGGAAAGAGAUUGGGUAGUCGCUCAACUCUUACUUCACAUCAAAGAGUGCACACAGGGGAGAAACCGUAUACAUGUACAGUGUGUGGAAAGAGCUUCAGUGACAGUAGUUCCCAUAGUAGACACCGAAGAACUCAUACAGGGGAGCAACCUUAUACAUGUUCCGUGUGUGGAAAGAGCUUCAGUCAUAGUCACAGCCUUACGUCGCAUCAACGAACUCAUACAGGGGAGAAACCGUAUACAUGUUCCGAGUGUGGAAAGAGAUUCAGUCAGUGUGGCCAGCUUACCAGGCAUCAAAGAACUCAUACAGGGGAGAAACCGUAUACAUGUUCAGAGUGUGGAAAGAGCUUCACUGAAAGUGGUGGCCUUACCUUGCAUCAAAGAACUCAUAAAGGGGAGAAAUUUUAUACAUGUUCAGAGUGUGGAAAGUGCUUCAGUCGAGGUAGUGGCCUUACCUCGCAUCAAAGAACUCAUACAGGAGAGAAACUUUAUAAAUGUUUUGAAUGUCAAAAGAGCUUCAGUCAGAGUAGUACCCUUAUCUUGCAUCUACGAACUCAUACAGGGGAGAGACCUUAUACAUGUUCAGUGUGUGGAAGGAGCUUCAGUCACAGUGGUACCCUUACCUUGCAUAAAAGAUCUCAUACAGGGGAGAAACCGUAUACAUGUUCCGAGUGUGGAAAGAGCUUCAGUAAGAAUUGUAGCCUUACGUUGCAUAAAAGAUCUCAUACAGGAGAGAAACCCUAUACAUGUUUGGAGUGUGGAAGGAGCUUCAGUCACAAUAAGGCCCUUAAGUUGCAUCAACGAAUUCAUACAGGGGAGAAACCGCAUACAUGUUUUGAGUGUGGAAAGAGCUUCACUUACAGCAGUACACUUAAUAAACAUCAACAGACUCAUCGAGGCAGCAAACCUUAUAAAUGCUGGGAAUGUGGCAAGAGUUUCUCUCAACUUGGCUCCCUUUCCCGGCAUCAAAGAAUUCAUACAGGGGAGAAACCGUAUACCUGUUUGGAGUGUGGAAAGAGCUUCAGCCACAGUUGGGAGCUUACCGUGCAUCAAAGAGUGCACACAGGAGAGAAACCUUAUAAAUGCUUGGAGUGUGGAAAAGGCUUCAGUUGCAGCAGCUCCCUUACGUUACAUCAAAGAACUCACACAGGAGAAAAACCGUAUACAUGUUCGGAGUGUGGAAAAAGCUUCAGUGUCAGUGGUAGCCGUACUAGACACCAAAGAACUCAUACAGGGAGGAAAUCUUAGAAAUGUUUGGCCUU